ACCCGGGGACGGCGCGUCGAACCCCGCGGCCACGCGCUCUCGCCCGCAAUGUAAACACUACAAACUAGUUCUUUUUUUAAUUGGUGCAACGUACUUGUGACUGUUGUGUGAAAAGUUUUGGAAAAAGUUCUUGUAACAAUUCACGGUAUUUUCGUGCAUUUAUUUGGGUACAUCAGAAAAUCACUAACAACUCCGGGAAAACAGAACUAACGUCUCUCUACGGACAAUUAAGAACUAAAUAAUGUACUGGCAAUGACAAGUCCGAACGAGUGCAGUGAUCGUGUCAGUGAUAGUGCAUAGUGGACACAUGAUGUGAACAGACAGUUGACACAAUGUGGGCGGCCCAGCUCAGCUGUAUUUUCAUAUUGUUCGGUGUGACAGCCGGCGGCGGAGGCUGGGAGCCCCUGGGGACGCCGUACUUCGACAACAGCACGAAGCGCGAGGCCACCGCCGCCGUGGGCCAGCCCGCCUAUCUACACUGCAGAGUCCGCAACCUGGCUGAUAGAGCGGUAUCCUGGAUCCGCAAACGUGACCUCCACAUCCUCACUGUGGGAGUGCACACUUACAGCAGCGACGCGCGAUUUGCCGCGCUUCACGCUGACGGCUCUGAUGAGUGGACGCUCCGAGUUGCUCCGGCGCAGCCGCGCGACUCCGGCGCGUACGAGUGUCAAGUGUCUACGGAGCCUAAGAUCAGCCUGUCGUUUCGACUUACUGUUGUUGUUUCAAAAGCGGAGAUACUGUCGGGACCAGAGCUGUUCGUCAGAGCGGGAUCGGACAUCAAUCUUACUUGCGUGGCGAAAUACGCCCCAGACCCGCCGAGUUUCAUCUACUGGUAUCGAGGCGAGCAAGUAGUGAACUAUGCUCAGCGCGGAGGGAUCAGCGUGGAGACAGAACAACGGACGAGAACCAGUCGUCUGCUGAUCGCACGAGCUGCGCCACACGACUCGGGGAACUAUACUUGUGCACCGAGCAGUUCGGAGUCGGCGUCGGUGAUAGUCCACGUGCUGAGCGGCGAGCGGCCGGCGGCCAUGCAGAGCUCGGGGUCCUCGCCGCCUUGCCUCAACCGGGCCAUCCUGGUCACUCUCACCACGCUGACGACCCUGCGCCAGCCCCGGCCGGCCCUGCUCGUCGCCCUCCCCGUCGCCGCGCACUACGUCACCAUCCCAACACUACUCAUCACGUUUGUCUUCGCCAACGCGCUCCUCAAGCUCCUCGCCAAGUCUACAAGACCCCACAUCGAACCCACGCCUUCAAGAUGACCUACUAGUGCAAACACAACUUCCCACACGUUUUAAACUAUGGAAGUAUUUUAUAUGAUUGAGUGAAAAUGCGAAUCUGUGUUGGACCUUCUCAUUACGGUAUCUGAAUUGAACGUAUUUAAAAUACAACGAUAAAAAUAUAGACACUAAUGUUUCCUGUGAGGUAAUUUUAAGGCGAUAAAUCAAUAGCGUAUGGUCAAUUUUUAAAAUGAUAUCUAUUAUUGUUUGUAAAUCUCUAAAUUUCUAUUUUAUCUGUAAAAGACCAGAGGUUUUAGUAAUUGCGAUAAAUAACGACCGAAGAGAUUAAUGUGAAACGCAUGAGAUAAUCCUUGUGAUGAUUUAUCCAAAGCUGGAUCUCCUUUGUUCUCACAGCUAACUACGUUCGUCGUCUUAAUCCGGUGCCGAGAUUACAAGCAAAUCGAUUUCGUUAGUCCAAUACUGGAAUAUAGCGAGAUUCAAUCGUAGCGGCAAGCUUAUCUAUGCGUAACGUAUAUCUAAGCCGCUGGUUGCUCUCUUUGCCACGUUAUUUGCGUUCGAUCAGCUUGAACUAACAGCGCCUGAACUAUAUGCGUUACAACCUACUAUUGCCAGUAUCUAAAUUAAUUGAACCUUUUCUUAGGAAAUGACAGACUUCGUGAAAAGAACUUAAGAGAAAUAUGAAAUUGAGAACUUUUUGGACACGGUUUAAAUUCAUUAGGACAAAAGUUUUUCUCAAUUCAUUCCUUUUCAUUAUAUUUAUUUAUUUCGUUACUUAACAAGGCUAUCAUACUUUCUUAUAUUUCAUUUUGUUGUACCUAUCGCAAACGUCUUAUGAAAUAAUUGUGACUAAAUCUCUAUCAUGAUCGUGUAAAUACCACUAAAACUAUUUUAUGUUUUCUUUCUUUAACGACCGCUUUGAGUUGAGUCAAGUCGUUUUGUACGAGUACAAUGCAAGAAGACAACGCAUAAGUUGCAACUGAAAUAAAACAAAAAGUUGCUCUGAAUAAAACCUGCUUUAGUGCCUACAGGCUAGACGUUAUCCCAAGGAAUGGCUCAAUUUUCCAACAAUUUCAUCUCCAACGAUGCAACUAAAUUGACUUGAUUUCUCAGCCACCAAGACCCCAUUUUACCUCUCUUUCCACGAAAGUUCCAAGAAUUUAUGGAAGUCGUUAAUCUUGGCUUUGCAAUGAGCUUUUCGACGUUUCUUAACAUCAAGCAGCUUAGACAUAUGCUAUUCAAAUCUCUGGAUCCUUACUUACUUACCAAGCUUAUUGCCGUACUCACUAUCCCACAAAAUAGACAAGUACUUACCGAGAUCCCGAAUGAAAUUCUCUUGACAUUUAAACAACAAACGGCGCAUACUUUUUAAAUUCGCCUGACUUUUUCACAUUUCACAGUCUUACUCUGGAAUAGAAUUACGCAAUCAAAGUUUAAAAUUAGGGUUGCUUUACUGAGCAAAAUAAAAGGCAUCGUCCCGAAAGUUGUUUGGAGUGACAGCAAGAAACAAAUUAGGUACCUAAGGUAUCAUUCGUUUCGAGUUCAUUUCAUGUAGCGAAUCUGGCAAAUUGCUACUAAACAUUGCUCUCAGCCAGUUUUGUUUUUAUUCUGUGCGUUUUCCCUUACUUAUGUUGACAGUACGAACACAAUAUUAUGACUUCUCAGUAAGGAAGGGUGUACUCGGGGUCGUUUUGCUACUUUGUCAAUAAAAUCUCUGUUACUUUGUAGAUAAUUACAACUGUUUAAAACUAAAGUAAAAUGCUUGUCAAAGGCAAGUUUAAAUUGUAUAAAAUGUUAAUUUUAUCUAGAUGAUUUAUAGACAUUGGCUAUUGUACCUUUGUAUUUAAAGAUUUAAUAAAUGAAAUCAUGUUUAAAUAAGGUUUAGAUCGUAUGUUGUACAUAAUAGCUGAUCAAUUGUAAAUACUUGACGAUGUAAAUAAAUUGACUAAAUGUUAUGUUUGUAAUGUCUUGACAGCCAAAAAUACAUUUUAUGUAUUCAGAUUACUUUGGCAACGGUUUCCAACGUCGCCAUCUUUAACAAGUAGAUAACAAAAGGGUUGUGUAAUAAACUAUCAAAUUGUAGAAGUAUUUAAAUAUGUUACCUAACGAUUUAUAAGAAUACAGAACAUAGAAAUAAAACCGAUGAGGAAUA